AUGUUUAAAAAAUCGAAAAAUUCUCAAAAGACUAAUCAAAGAUCUUUCACGGUAAAUUUGGAUAGACGUCAAGAUGAGAGUGAUGACCAAGAAUCCGUAGAUUCUCAAACAGAUGGUCUUAUUGAUCAAUCCGCAUAUGAAUCGCUUUUGAUACCUUAUAAUUAUAACUCGAAUAUCGAUAAUGGAAAACAUAUUAAUUCUGGUUUAAAACCUGGUAUUUACCUUAAAAAACUUUUACCCGAUGAUGAUGAAAUUCCAAAGUUCAUAGUUUUAUUCUGGAGCGAGGAUGGUUGUUACAAAGGAUCUGCGUCAUCAUAUCUAAAGAAAAAUAUGACCAACUUUCACAGACUUUAUAACGAAUCCUUGAAGUCUCAUGAAGAGGAAAGAAUUAAAAUGAGACAGGAUACUAAAAAUAAGAUUAAUGAGGAUACGACUAUCAUAAAACAAAUGGCAUAUCAACUUGUGAAACAAACUUAUAGCAAUUUUGAAGAGAAGACAACUGAUAAUAUUAAGAUAUUAUCCGAUAAAACCGUUGACGAUGAUGAAAUCAUUCGUUUAGAGCAAAAGUAUCCUAAGGUUCAUGCCAAGCUCUUAGCUUUAGUUAAAAGCAUCACUCUUGAUUCUUGGGAUUAUUAUAAGAAUCGGUUUACCUUUGCAAAGAAAUAUGCUGACAAUUCUGAUGGGCAACUUCAAGAUGAUGUUGAAAAUGAAAACAUCUCUGCCCAAAAGAUAUUCUUUGAUGCUGAAAGCAAUUUUAUUGCAUUGGUGAAAAAAUAUACAUCGGAAACAACCUGGUUUCGGUUGACUUUUUUUUUUGGUAAUAGCGAUAAUUCAAAAGAUAAAAAAGAUAAUGCAAAAUAUAUAGUGGAUAAAAUCAAAGAGGCGGCUAAAAAGAUUCCUGAUAGUGAAUUCAUGCUUCAAAUUUCUGAUUAUGGUGAUGAAAAAAUAACAACGAAGUUUUUGGAAAAAUAUAAAGAUUGGAAAAAAUAUAUAUUUCAUGAAAAUUUGAAGCAGAUUAUUCGAAGUUUUGAACAGGACACUGAAAGGACUCUAAAUCAAAUGAAUGAAUCAGAAUUUUCGGCUGAAAAGCGGCAAAUCAGAGAGCAACAUCUUAAUGAAAUAUGUGAUAAACUUGAGGCAAAAUAUCCAGAAGGUGAUCUUUUAAUGGUUAUGAAUGUCGAAUGCAGAGAACAUGGAUACUGGAGAAACUGCUCGUAUCAUUUAUUACGUUCAAUUGAAAUUCCAUAUCCAGAGCAAUUAUGCGUUACUAUCUACAGCACGCAACUCGGCCAAGAAGAUACACUUGAAUUGAAUAAGAAUAGACAAUAUGUUCCACGACCAAUAAUCUCGAAUGGUUUUGGUGAUAUAACCAGUAUACCCGAGAACGUUAUUGAUUGUGAAAUUUCUAAAAAAUCUGAAGAUAAAAAAGAAAUAACAGAAAUAAUUACUUCUCAAGAAACCUUAGUUGUGGAUGAUUUGACCAUAACAAAUACGCAACCAGAUGGUGCUAAUGAGCAAGAAAAUUUAAUCAAUAAUGUUACAAAGACAGAAACCUCUGAAGAGGUUAUAAUUCCUGAAUCUGAAAGUUCACUGGCAAAACGAAAUUGUUUAACGUUCUGCGCAAAGGAAUCUGGACAUCAAGAUGUUAAAGGAAACAAAAUUCAUUUAUGCGAAUCAGAGAAGCAUUUUUGUGGUGCUCCAUGUUCCUUGAAAGUCAAACCAACAAAAGGAAAACCAUACGAAUGUCGAAAUACAUGCAUCCUUCCAUGUGAGUUCUCUCAUACGCGUCACGAAUGCCAAAGUAUAGUGUGCCCAAUUGAAUGCCCAGUAGAAAAUUGUAAGCGACUGUGUGAAAGUAAGGAUCAUUUUCAUAGUUUAGAAAAAGAUAUGAAUCAUUUUUGUGGAAAUGAGCAUCCGUGCCCCGAAUUAUGCGAAGAAAAAGGAGUAUGCAUGAUUGUGACCGAACCAAAAAAAGAAGAAGUUGAAUAUGUGCACAAGGAUGGAAGCUUUAUGUUUACAAAGUAUACACAAAUACACCAAAGAUUACAAUGUUGUAUGAUGAUUCCAGCAUAUAAGUUUGACCAUAAAGAGGAAGGAAAUCAUGUCCAUGGGAAGGCUCAUGUGUGUCAUUCAGAUUGUCCAAACGAUAAUGGGAAUCAUAUUAAAGAAAAAGAUAAAAAACAAAAUUUCCAUUAUUGUGAUCAGCAAUGUCCAAAUUCAACUGUUCAUGGAAACAUGUAUUUAACAACAUUUACUUGUGAAGAUUUCGAAUUUGAAUUUGAUGGUCACAGAUUAAAUGUUGGAGACAGAGGAGAUUUUGUUUUAUGCCACAAACUAUGUGAGAAUGUUGGUCGUCAUCGGCAUAUAGAUUUUUGCAUAAAUCCAAUCUUCUGCGAAAGUGCAGGUGGUAGAAAGGAAGGUGUAUUGGAGCACAUGAACGCAAGUAUCAGCCCUAACCCGGAAAAGAAAAAAGAUUAUAUUUCUCAUCGUGUCUUUUGGGAACGAACUAAUUUUCAAGAUCCAUACUCUAAAGAUGAUCGUGAUAAAUUUAAAAAAUGUGAUCAUGAAUGUGCAGACGAAAGACAUUAUAAGGUUGACGAAUAUAGCGGAAAAGAACCAACGAAAUCUUAUUGCACAUUAGAUAUUUUUCAUCCCAGCUUAAAUCCCGCCUCUAGACCUCCAAAUGGCAUAGGUUAUAUUUCAGCUGGUGGUCAUCAGUUUUUAUGUGAGAAUCCUGCAACCAGUUUUGGAGAUUUUCACAUCGUGUUUGUUGUUGAUAGAAGUAGUUCAAUGUCUUAUUCUGAUUGUAGACCUCCUUGCAUUAGAAGAGCAACUUGCGUUUUACGUAGCUCGCAUGAUAAUCGAUUAGGUGCAGCUUAUGAGGCAGUUUAUACCUUCAUCUUAACGAGAAGAAAUUCAAGAAGAACAGCACAAAAUGGACAAAUUAUUGAUAAUGAUACAGCAUCUUUAAUUCUUUUCAAUAACUCGGCAAUGAUCGCUUUUGAAAACAGAAGUCUAACGAAUCCGGAUGAGUUAUUACAAAUAAUGAUGACAUAUAAUUUUACUGGUGGUACUAGCUUUGCUACAGGAAUCAAUGCUGCUUCAACUAUAAUUCAGAAUUACCAUAACCCUUUAAAAACAAAUGUAGUUAUUUUCUUAUCGGAUGGUUCUUGUGAGACCCCCGAAGAAGAAGUACGCUAUCUUUGUUCACGAGAAAGAAAUCGAGGAUCAUACUUAUUUUUGUAUACGGUUAUGUUCGCUGGUGAUGGUCAACAUGAUAGUUCGUUAAAAAACAUGGCCAAUAUAGCAAAUGAGUAUCUUCCGAAGACAAAAGAUAGACAAUCUCUAACGUGUAAAUAUGUUCACGCAAUUGAUGGAAUCAAAUUAACUGAACAUUUCACUUCGGUUGCUGAGAGCCUUAGAAAACAUAAACCAAUCCUGAUGAAAGAUCAUUAA